GAUGUCUUCAGUUCAUCAUCUGAGAGAGUUUAUUUGCGGGAGGCUGACAGCUGCUGCUGCAGAAAUCUUCUCCGAGUUUGAAAAAACCAUCCUGCGGUACGAAGAAGAGAUGGAGCGUCAGCGCAGACUGCUGGAUCUCUGCUGGAAACCUGCAGAAAACCCGAGCAGAGUUGACCUCCAGCAGAGACCGGUCCCCAACACAGACCAGGAGAGAAGGUCCAGGUGGGACCAGGAGGAACUAAAACCUCCACAGAUCAAAGAGGAAGAAGAGCAGGAGCUCUGCACCAAUCAGGAGGAAGAUCAGCUCCACCUGAAGCAGGAGGCUGAUCCCUUUACGGAGUCUUUAUACGAAGAACCAGAACCAGACCAGGAUCAGCUCAUGUCUCUGAGACCUGCAGAACCUGAGGAUCAGGAUUCUGGGUCAAAUACAGAGGGAUCACCAGAGAGCAUGUACGUUGGUACCUUUUCUGGGGAUUCCCUCCUGAUGAGGGUCCACUCGGUCCAGAACCCAGACCGUGUCAAACGGCAGCACUGCUGUCCCAUCUGUGACAAAAAGUACACGGCCAGCAACAAUUUAGCCAUCCACAUGAGGACCCACACAGGUGAGAGACCCUUCUCCUGCCAGACCUGCGGGGAGAGCUUCAUCCGCGCCGAGAGACUCCGGUACCACAUGAGGAUCCACGCGGGCCAGGACUCGGACGCCCGGCAGCAUUUGUGUCUCACCUGCGGGAAGAAGUUCUUCUCUCGGAACGACUUGUCCAUCCACACRAGGAGCCACACRGGAGAGAAACCCUUCCCCUGCAGGUUCUGUGGYAAACGCUUCAGCAUCAGAGGGAACUGUAAGGUCCACAUGAGGAUCCACACAGGGGAGAAACCCUUCUCCUGUCGCACCUGUGGGCAAGGUUUUACCAGCAACGCCAGCCUGAAGUUUCACACCAAGGUCCACUCAGGAGGGCCGCAGGAACUCACGUCUCAGGAGAAACUUCAAAAUAAAACCYGAAUUUGGCCCAAGGAUCUAGGUUUUAUUUUGUUCACAUCUGGAGAGACGUUUAAGAACUAAUCUUUCAAUUUGUCUUUUUUUAUGAGUUCGUAUAAUAUUUAUCAUUUAAGUUAUGAAAGAGYCUUCUUGUAGCUGCAAGCAUCAGUCACAUGUAGCAAUGAAGGUUACUGUUUUAAUCAGACUAGAAGCUGUAACAACUUAUUUAUUUUUAUUUUUGGAUCUUAUUAAAAUGUAUUUAAGUUAUCAGAAAGUUUAUAUUGAACCAAUAACUUCUUGUUGGUCAGUAAAAAAUGUUUAAGGUUUUGCUCUAAAAUGUCUUGAAGAAUGUAGAAAUUUGGAGAAUAUAAUCAAAUAAAUUUUAUAGACUAUACAAAUGU